AUGAUGGCUCCUGACAGCAGCGGCGGUGUAGCUUCGUGCGCUUGUAAAGGUAUCAGGCGAUGCCUCAGGUGUGAACAAGCGAAAGGAAAAGCACAGCUUGAGGCAAAUCAACCACAGGUCGUGCAUCAUUUCCUCUACGAUCCUGAAACAAGGCUUGCUGUUCCCAAAGAUGCAGAGGCUGCAUCCUUCCCCUUUCCUGGUGUCUUCCUGUGGGAGAACUUCAUAUCAGAGGAGGAGGAGAAACAGCUGAUAAGCACGAUGGACCAGGAUGUGUGGAAUGAGUCCCAGUCUGGUCGAAGGAAACAAGACUUUGGCCCAAAAGUUAACUUCAAGAAAAGGAAAGUACGUGUCGGUGGCUUCAAUGGACUGCCGGCUUUGAGUCAAAAACUAGUGCUCCGAAUGCAGCAAGAGCCAAGUCUAGCGGGCUUUCAACCGGUGGAGCAGUGCAAUCUGGAUUACCAUCCUCAGCGAGGCUCCGCCAUCGACCCACACCUAGACGACUCGUGGCUGUGGGGGGAACGCCUGGUCACCAUCAACAUGUUGUCAAACACUACACUCACCAUGUCCCUCGAGCGGGGUCUGCCGGAGUUGGGAUUAGCAGAGGAAGUCCAAGUAGCUGUGCGUCUUCCUCGCAGAUCUUUAGUGGUGCUAUUCGGAGAGGCGCGGCACAGGUGGAAACAUGCCAUUCACAGACACGAUGUCCAGGAGCGCAGAGUUUGCAGCACCUACAGAGAGCUGUCUGCAGAGUUCCUACCUGCAGGGCAGCAGGCAGAGCUGGGAGCUCAACUUUUAAGCAUUUCUUUGAGCUUUAAAGGGACUCCAAUAUAGGAUCAUCUGAUGAUGCAGAGGAAGGCUGUGCUAUCAGAGGAGGUCCAGACUUUUUGGGUGACUUGAUAAAUUAAAUUCAGACAUAAAUUUCUAUCAAAUAGAACUAUAUAAAUGUUGUUAGCUCAUGUAUUUUUGUUCAGAGCUUCAGACCUACUGUCCUUCAUACAUGCAGUUAUUUAUACCACUCAGAGAAAAAGAAAAUAUUCUGCACUACUGAUUUCAUAAAAUAUACUACCAGAAUUAACUGAUUAAAAGUCUUGUCAACCAAUCAAAAAUGCAUGAAAAUGGAAUUAAAGCAAAACUUUGUUCCACAAAAUUAUCUUCAACAAUCCUGUGUAACAAUUGUCCUUGAGUGUCUUAUCUGGUUUGAUUUAAUUGUUAAUGGUUAAAGUCUUUAAAACUUUUUGCAGAAUUCAGUCUUUACAUCUCUGUCUUUUAAUAAAAAAUGUAAUUUCCACACA